UCCCUCGGGAUGCCGUCGAGAGAGGGAGUCCUUGCUGCACCUGCGUCCCGUUUUCUAUGCGCUCGUGAAAUUCUCGUUUUCUAAAUAUCUGUUUGUGGUCUUUGCUUUCAUUCUUGUAUUUGUUUGUCGAUAAUUUAUCUCCAAUGGUGAAAAUUCUGUGGAUUGUGUGUUUCUCUUUUUGGAAAAAAGGAAAGAGAAAAAAUGUGAAUGAAGAAGCGAAUAUAUAAUUUAGUGUUGUGUCGUGUAUAAUUUGUUUUGCGAUUGUGAUGCGAAGAGAGAGGGGGGGAUAAAGGGAGGAAUGAUGCAACUUGCAAAUACCAAAGAGAAAUAAAAAAAAAGAUAAAAAAUAAAGAUACAAAUACAGUUAGACUAAAAGGAACUUGCUUGAAGGUCGGCAAUCAACUUGCCCAAGACAGAAUGAUAAAAAAAAAUAUAUAUAGAUAAAGAGGAGUCGAGAACAAGUGCAAGAGAAAAGGAAAUAGGGAAAUAUUGAUGAACAGAACCCAUAGAGUGGAUGCCAAAGCUGCAAAAUCGGUACCACAACCCGGAAAUAGUGUGUCCUCGUGUGUCUCGGGUGUUGAAACGAAAAGUCAAAAUAUUUCUUUCAGGAGUUUACAACCAUUAAUUAUUUUGCCCCUUGUCGAUAAGUAAGGUGUAUGGAACAGUUCGAAAUUCAGAACAUCAAGUAGGGAAUAAUACGCUGUCUUGCAAAUAACAAAUAACUGAUUCACAGAAACGGCAAGGAGAAAGUCUUAAAUAUGGCUUGUGAUUCGUACGGCAAGUUCCAUCAGUAAAAAGAAAAAAAAAAAAAAUACUGUGGUUGAAAGUAAUAUAUAUGUAUAUAUAUUGUUCUGAAAUUCUUUUUUUAAGAGCUUUUAGUUCGUUCUGAUUUUAAUUAGAGCUUUAUCUUAGAUGCAGUGUGUCCAAUUUCGUUGAAAAUUUGAAGAAAGAGAGGAAAGGAGAGAGAGGAGAAAAUUAGGUGAAGUGUGAUGAUGAGAAUAAAUUCGUGUGAUAGGAAAAUGAUAAAGAGAUAAGAGCGAUGCGAAUGAAAAGACAACAAAACUUGAGAUAAAAGAACAGGAAGGAAAUCAUACGAAAAGAGUGAGAUAGUGAAAUUUGCAAAGCGUCCAGUGUGCAUGAAGGUAGCGCCGCCAUCUUGAAUUCUCCGUCGCCCAUAAAACAAAAAACAAAAACAAAAAGCAAAGCAAAGCCAAAAAAUAGAGAGAGGAUCCUAAUGACGUGACUGCACGCUCGAGCAGCCAUGAACUGUCAUAUAUCGCCCCCUUCGGCAUUCCUCGCCUCAAUCAACCAGCGCCAGAAGGACGACAGCAAGUCGCUGACGGACGAGAACGAGAACACAGCCGUCGUGGACAGCAACGACGAGGACGACGACGACCUCCCCGACGCGCACGACGGCCUCGCCCUCGUCGGCAAGAGCAAGAGCAAGAGCAAGCGGAAGAAGGAGCGGGAGGCCGAGCACAAGGACCCCGGCAACCCCUCCGACGCGGGAGGAGGCGGCGGCGGCGAGGACAACCUCGACACGCUCCUCCAGAACCAGCAGAACCUGGAGAGGAACCACAAGAACCACAAGGAUGAGGAGAGGAACCACAGCGACGCCAAGAAAGCUCUGGAGAACCACAGCGGGCUCGUGGCCAACGGCCGAGUGAAGACCGGGAAGUUCCGCCUGGGCUGCGACGACUCGGACGACGACAAGGACGACAUUAUGCCCGGCGAGGACAAGAUCGACGACGACAACGACGACCCCGGCGUGGUGAACCCGACCUUCUUCAACGACGACGAGGACGACGAGGGCGGCAGAGGAGACGCCACCUCUAGCGUCUCCACCAGGUCGUCGCCAGAGCCCAGCCCCCUGCACUCGCCGCGGCUCAGCUUCAGGAUGAGCCCGCAGCCGUCCCCGCGGCACUCGCCCGUGAGCCACCGCUCGGGCAACCUGAGCCAGCGCAGCUCGGUGUCCUCGGUGCGCAAGGGCAUCCUCAAGAAGAGCCCGUCCUCGACCACCAUCAACAUGGAGAUGGUCAACCUCGGCCUCCAGCAGAACGCGGCGGCCAACGCGGCGGCGGCGGCGGCGGCGACGGGGGCCAACGCGGCCGCGGCGCUCAACGGGUACCACCGGACGCGCUUCUCGGACCCCUACGACGACUCCUACGUGCCCAUGGACACGCACCGCUUCGUCAGCUCUCCCGACGGGCCGAUCGGGAUGACCCAAAAGUCCCUCGGAGGUCAUCGGGUCAAGUUCAUCCUGGAGACCGGCAAACCUGAUCACGUGACCGGGUCUUACGACGACAUCCGGAUAGAGAAGAUGGAGAGAGAGAGACUGGAGAGAAUAGAGAGAGGGAAGAACCUGGAGGUGACACACAACGAGGGCGAGAAGGGCGGACGGAAGUGCCUGCUGUUCUGCGCCGCCAUCUUGGUCCUCACCGGCUCCGUCAUCGCCGCGGGGAUGUAUAGUUCCCAGGGCGGGGCCAAAGGCGGAGUGCCCGCCGUGCCCGGCCCGAGCAGCCAGAAGUCACCGCCCGAACCACCGCUAUUUCUGAAUGCCAUAGAAUCCAAGUUUAAAAUCAGCAACAUGAAUUACUCGACGGAAUUAGCAGAUUCGCAUUCGGAUCCCUAUCGAACGUUCACGCAGACCCUCGAACAGGAGCUUAAAACUAUUCUGUUAACGGAUGACAUCAGUUUCAACGGGAAGGCGAACAUGAUGCUGAAAGUCAUAAAACUGGAUUCCGGGAGCGUGCUGGUAACCUUCAGAAUAGCCUGGAAGUACAUCAAUGAACACGAGUCGACGCACCAGGACCCGCCGGUGAACAUAACAACCGUCGAGAACAAGUUAAAGGAACAGAUCAAGACGGGAUACUUGGAUAAGAAUCAGACUUUCAGUGUCCCUGAGGAUUCCGUGUUUGUGAAUAACGUGACAGACGAAUGCCGCUCCAACGUGACGGGGUGUUCGGAUAUCUGCAGCUUCUCUUACGACACGCUGAAGUUCUCGUGCUCGUGUCCGGAGAAGUUGAAGCUCAUCAACGCCACGCACUGCGUAAAUCCACUACUGCUGUCUUCGUCUACAUCCAGUAUGACUUCUACAACAACAACAUCAACACCAACACCAACAAAAACAACAACAUCAACAACACCAACAACAACAACAACAACAACAACAACAACAGCAAAUACAACUACAUUGUUUGUUUUAGAGACCACACGUACAGAAGAGAGUCAAAACACAGAUUUCACUGAAGGUACAGAUUUCACUGAAGGUAUAGAUUUCACUGAAGGUACAGAUUUCACUGAAGGUACAGAUUUCACUGAAGGAACAGAUUUCACUGAAGCAACAGAUUUCACUGAAGCAACAGAUUUCACUGAAGCAACAGACUUGACUGAAGGUACAGAUUUCACUGAAGGUACAGAUUUUACUGAAGGAACAGAUUUCACUGAAGCAACAGAUUUCACUGAAGCAACAGAUUUCACUGAAGCAACAGAUUUUACUGAAGCAACAGAUUUCACUGAAGCAACAGAUUUUACUGAAGCAACAGACUUCACUGAAGGUACAGAUUUCACUGAAGGUACAGAUUUUACUGAAGGAACAGAUUUCACUGAAGCAACAGACUUCACUGAAAGUACAGAUUUUACUGAAGCAACAGAUUUUACUGAAGGUACAGAUUUCACUGAAGCAACAGACUUCACUGAAGGUACAGAUUUUACUGAAGGAACAAAUUUCACUGAGGCAACAGACUUCACUGAGGCAACAGACUUCACUGAAGCAACAGACUUCACUGAAGGUACAGAUUUCACUGAAGCAACAGACUUCACUGAAGGUACAGAUUUCACUGAAGCAACAGACUUCACUGAAGGUACAGAUUUUACUGAAGGAACAGAUUUCACUGAAAGUACAGACUUCACUGAAGGUACAGAUUUUACUGAAGGAACAGAUUUCACUGAAAGUACAGACUUCACUGAAGGUACAGAUUUCACUGAAGCAACAGACUUCACUGAAAGUACAGAUUUCACUGAAGCAACAGACUUCACUGAAAGUACAGAUUUCACUGAAGCAACAGACUUCACUGAAAGUACAGAUUUCACUGAAGCAACAGACUUCACUGAAAGUACAGAUUUCACUGAAGCAACAGACUUCACUGAAAGUACAGAUUUCACUGAAGCAACAGACUUCACUGAAAGUACAGACUUCACUGAAGUAACUGAUAUUACCGGGGCAACAGAUUUCACUGAAGGAACAGAGUUUACUGAUUUUACUGAAGGAACAGAUUUCACGGAGGAAACCGACUUCACUGAGGGAACCAAUUUCACUGAGGACCCAAAUUUUACAGGUGGGACAGAUUUCACUAAGGGAACAGAUCUCAGUGAAGGAACAACUUUCACAGAGGGAAAAGAAGUCAGUGCAGAUUUCAGUGAAGAGACCGAUUACACUGAGGGGAUGGAGGACACUGUAGGAGCAUAUUUAACCGAAGGUUCAAAUUUUAAUGAAAGAAGAAAUUCUAAUGAGAGAAUAUAUUUCAGUGACGGAACCAAUUUCACUGAAGGAAGAGAUUCCAGUGCGAAAACAAAUUUUACUGAGGGAACAGAUCUCAGUGAAGGUACAGCUUUCACUGCAGCAACAGAUUUCACCGCGAUAACAGAUUUCAUUGAUGGAGUAGAGGCAGAUUUCACAGAAAGAACAGAUUCCAUCGAGGGAACGUACUUCAGUGAAGGGUCAGGUUUCACUGAGCGAGUAUAUCCAACUACGAGGCCAUAUUUUACUGCGGGAACAGAUUUCAGUGGACGAACAGAUUUGAAUAGGGGAAUAGAUGUCACUGUAGGAGUAGAUUUUACUGAAGUGACAGAUUUCACCGAAAGAGCAGAGUUUGACGAAGGAUCAGAUUUCAGUGAAAGAACAAAUUUAAAUAAAGGAACAGAUUCCUCCUGGAUAAAUCAGUACAUAGAUAAUACUGAAAACGCGACAAAGACAGCAACAGUUUAUCCUGAUAGUAUAGAUAACACUCAAACUUCAGACCUCCUCCUCAACUCCAACAGCGUCAGCCUCAUAUCCAUCAUCCCGGAGUACGUGGGCGACAACAAGGAGACGGAGAUCGAGCCGCCCUUCACCACCGACCCGGCAGGCAAUCAGACGAGCACAGGCCUGGACGGUGGAGACGCGGCGACCAAUCAGACGAAGGUUGACGGCGGGUCUGAGGCCGCGGCGACCAACCGGACGAAGACUGGCUUCAACGACGACAGCCCCAUAUCCAUCGUCCCGGAGUAUGAGAGCGACAAGGAGACGGAAAUCGAGCCGCCGUUCACCACCGACCCGGCAGGCAAUCGGACGAGCACAGGCCUGGAGGGUGGAGACGCGGCGACCAAUCAGACGAAGGCUGGUGUGGGAGUCACGGAGGCUUCGACCAAUCAGACGAGCUCAGAAGGUCCACUUGUAGCUACACCAACCAAUCAGACGACGACGACGGGUGAUAAAGAAAGUAGCAAAGAUGCGACUCCACCGGUCGAAGGCAACGUGACCACGGCUGCAGCGACCACUUCCGCCCCUGCCUCAGUUGGCGUCACCGUCGCCGCUUCUGGAGCCACGGCCAGCACGGCCUCCACAGCAGCCUCAGAACAGGAAGGCGGCCAAGCGGGUGAGGCCAGCAGCGAGGGCAGCGCAGCCACGAGUGAGGAGGAGGCCAAGCCGGCCUCAGAGGCGGCCGACACUUCUGACGCUGACGAGGAGGUCCACAGCCAAGAACCUGCCGCCGCUGCGCCAGUUCCCGGCGAAGGGGAAGCAGACACGCCAGAAUCCCAGCCUUCUGAGGGAGACGCUUCUGCGAGCAGCGACGUGGCCGAGGCAGGCGCUGCCGGGGCCAAGUACCCGGACGGGGACAACUCGGGCAUCCACAUUUCGCCGGGCACGCGGUUCGAGGACAUUUGGCUCUUCACCAACGCCACGCAGAGGGAGCCACCGGUGCUCAACAUGUCCUCUGUGCGAGAGGGAGACUCUCCCGGGGAUGAACGGGUGCAAGAGCCAGAGCCGGAGGGCGUGGCACCCUCUGAGCCUGCAGCGACCUCCACAGCUACGACCACAGCUGCUGCGGCUGAAGGAAGCACAAUGGGAAGCCCCGUCGGGGAGGUGGUCGAUGCCCCCGUGGCCAGCGCAGACGGAGAGUCUCCGGCCGGCGCCCAGGAGGCCGAGGCGGCCGCGAAGCCCGAGAAGCCGAUGGUGAUCGUGACGGCGAACGAGACCGACGUCGACGGCGCCCAGGACGCGGCGGCCGAGGGCGACGCCAUCAAGAAUGUAGUGAUCAUCCAGGCCACGCCGUACGAGGAGGUCCCCCGGCCGGAGUGGACGACUCCCGCCUACGUCACAGCGCCUCCCCCGCCUCCCUCGCCUCCGCCCGCCGCCACCGCAGCGACCGUCAAGCCUCCGGAGGUCCAGGUCAACCGCACCUCCGAGACGGUCAUCAUCAACACGGAGGUCAACGUCCAGGAGAAGAACGGCACCCACGACGCCGACGCCGCCGCGGGCAAGGCGCCGGGCGCGCUGGGCGAGGCCACGCACGACAUUCCCGUCGACCUCGGCACCCUCGCCCACGAGGACGCCGUCCUGGGCGCGGACGCCUCCCUCGGCAGCCGCGCGCCGCACCCGACCUCCACGUCUUCCACGCAGGCCACGCCCGCCGCCCCCCAGACGGAGUCGCAGGCGCCCGCGGCAGGAGCGGCAGCUGCAAACACCCCCUCGGCGGGUGUUUUAUGCGGCGAAGACGAAUUCCAGUGUGUCUCGGGUUCGAGUCCGAGUGGCGUGUGCAUUCCGAAACUGUCUCGCUGCAACUCGGUCCGAGACUGUUCGGACGGUUCGGACGAGGAAGGAUGCUUCGAAAACCAGUGCUUCGGAAACUUCAUGUGCGGCGACCACGAAUGUCUUGAGCGGCGCUUCGUGUGCGAUGGCGUGAACGAUUGCCGCGACGAUACCGAUGAGGCUAAUUGUGACGCGUGGGCGUGCCGGGCGGACGAGUUCCGUUGCGGCGGCGGGCGGAGCGGGUCGGGUUCGGCGCUCUGCAUCCCCGAGAGCCUGCGCUGCGACGGCCAGCCCGACUGCAGCGACCACUCCGACGAACUCCACUGCACGGAGAACUGCACCAGCGACUUCUUCAGGUGCCCCGAGGGAUGGUGCCUGCCCCUGGCGCGCACCUGCGACGGCCGCCCCGACUGCUACGCCGGCGAGGACGAGCAGAAUUGUGGUUGCGCCGCGCUGGAUGAGACGCGGUGCCACGUGGGCGGCUGCGUGCCCACCUUCUCCCUGUGCGACGGCCUCAGGCAGUGCCAGGACGGCUCCGACGAGUGGCACUGCCUCAGGAUCGACAACGCCACCAGGCAGCUCGAAGUCAGGAACGGGAAGAGCCAGUGGUCGGCCGUGUGUAGCGAGGGCUGGACGACGCAGUGGAGCGACCUCGUGUGCGCCCAGCUCGGCUCCAACGUCUCCGUCAACACGAACCUCCUGAGGGUGGUGGAGCCCCAGGGACGCCCGCGGGUACGCCUGGUGCCCAACGCCUCGGCCCUCUCCCACACGCCCCUCCAGUUCGUGCUCAACAUGGAGUGCCGUUCGUCCGACAAGCUGGUGCAUCUGGAGUGCGAGCAUCAUGCCUGCGGUUCGUGGGGCGAGCGCAAGGGUCGCGAGGGGCACGAGGAGGCGCAGUGGCCCUCCCUGGCCCUCCUGCAGCGUCGAGGCGCAGGCAACGGCACCCUCCCUGGCACCCACGCCUGCACCGCCUCCAUCGUGGCGCCCACGUGGGUGCUGGCCGCCUACUCCUGCCUGUCCGGGAAACCGCAAGGCCUGGACGCUGCCACCUGGGAACUGGUCACGGGCCAGAGCGCCCAGAACGACCGCCAGCAUCGCCAGAUCCUCAAACUGGUUCACUUCCCCGGAACCGUGCGCACCGGAGGCCUGUGGACCGGAGACGCGGUUCUGCUGAAGCUCGACGCCCCGCUGGUCCUGGACAGGGCGGCGCAGCAGGUGUGCGUGCCCCACCAGAAGCCCGAGACGAACCACACCUGCGUCGUGGCGGGCUGGACCAGGAGUGAGUGGCUGGAGGGAGCGGGGAGGCGCGGGGAGAGAGACGCGCAGAUUGGUAGAGAGAUUGGUAUAGAUAGAUAGAUACAGAUAGAUAGA